CGCGCCGAGCCGAGACAGCUGCCGGUCCCGCUCCGCCGCCAUCGCCAUGAGCUUCUUGUUUGGUAGUCGCUCUUCUAAAACCUUCAAGCCAAAGAAGAAUAUUCCAGAGGGGUCUCACCAGUACGAGCUGCUAAAACAUGCCGAAGCCACGCUUGGAAGUGGUAAUCUUCGAAUGGCUGUUAUGCUUCCAGAGGGUGAAGACUUAAAUGAAUGGGUUGCAGUUAACACUGUCGACUUCUUCAACCAGAUCAAUAUGCUGUAUGGAACCAUUACAGACUUCUGCACAGAGGAGAGUUGUCCUGUGAUGUCUGCUGGCCCAAAAUAUGAGUACCACUGGGCGGACGGGACAAACAUAAAGAAACCAAUUAAGUGCUCUGCACCAAAGUACAUUGAUUACCUGAUGACUUGGGUCCAGGAUCAGCUGGAUGAUGAAACGCUAUUUCCAUCUAAAAUAGGUGUCCCUUUCCCAAAGAAUUUCAUGUCAGUGGCAAAGACGAUUUUAAAGCGUCUCUUCAGAGUUUAUGCUCACAUUUAUCACCAGCACUUUGAUCCAGUGAUCCAGCUGCAGGAAGAGGCACAUCUUAACACUUCUUUCAAGCACUUUAUAUUUUUUGUUCAGGAAUUCAACCUUAUUGAUAGAAGAGAACUUGCACCACUUCAAGAAUUGAUUGAAAAGCUCACCUCUAAGGACAGAUAAAAAGAAGAGGAUUUUUUCAAGUCACUUGUUUCUUUAAGCGAGCGUGUGGUAUUUAGUUUUUGUUCGUUUGUUUUUUAAAAAACAAGACAAAACAAAACCUUGCGCUGUUAUUACUGACAGCCAAGCUCUACUUUCUGUGCUUUUAUUAGGGGAAAUCUUUUGUCUGUUAGUGACACGCAGUAAAUAGCCUUUUUUUUUGAUUGUUAUUAUUCAUUGUGAAUUUUUAGCAGGUGCUGAGUGUUUAUAAAGGAAACAUGCUUGGUUGGGGGAUUGACUCUGCUGGUGGAUGGGUUCUGUAUUGUGUCAAUGAUAGCCCAUUCUCAUGAAGUCCCUAAAAGACUUGCUUACAUUCUCUAAGUGCCUUGGCAGACUCACUUCUGAGGUGCAAAGCACAUACAAUACUGAACGUUGCUGGAAACAGAAAUUAUGAACUAACACCCAGGACACUUACUGAUACUUGUUUUAGAAAAAUUUAUAUAUGCUUACACUAAAAAAAGCCAUAACUUACUGAAAUCGAUGAUCUCCAGCUUUUAAUACAAAUAUUUGUCUUAUUUUUUUAGAGAGAUUAAUACAGAAUUUUUCAAAGCUAGGUAUUUCUUAAAGAGAAAAGUGAUGGUGAAGUUCUAGUCACCAAAUCAAAAUGACGACAGUGGUGUCAAAGUUUCAGAUAGCCUGGGCUUAGCAAAUGAUUAUUUGUCUAUUGCACUGGUUUGGCAUUUCACAGUUGCUUGUAUUUUUUGAGAGAGAAGCAUCAAUUUAGGUCAGUCACUUUUGUAGACUUUCCUAGCAUUUGCCAAAUGAACCAUCAGUUUGCACAAAUACAGUUAGGGAAAAUAGUGUCAAAACUACACUGGAAUAAUACCAAGAAAGAUCUAGCUUGAAAAAUAGCUAGUGAGAUGAUGUUUGUAAGAUAGGAAUAAAAAGCCCAGCUCUGUGAUGGAGCUCUGCUGGCCAGUGUUUUCUGUGGUAGGGAGUCUAUUUUGGAGGGAAAAUGAUUUCAUGGACCACUUUGGAUUUAUGUUAGCGCAGUAGUGUUCUCUCCCAUUUAAAAUUGCAGCCCAUCUCCAAGGCAGCUACGGCAGGGAAAAAUAGUAGAAACAUACUGGUGAAUUUUCAGUGGUUUGUCAUUUGGUAAGUGCAUCUUUUAUUUCUAAAAAAAACAUUCAAAAUAGGUCCUUCCUCCAUCUCAGAUAGUCAUGGGGGUUUUGGCAAACAGAAACCUGAUUCCAAUACAGUUUUAGCAAAGAUAUUCAAACUAUAGUCUGUGAUCAUACAGAAGUUAACUUGUCACAAACUUCUGUUCUCAUUUCUGCUUUGAGAAACAAAACACAGGGCUACAGAGGCAAAGAGACUAUCUCUUGUUCAUUUAUAGAUCUUGUCACAGCUGUUGUGUUUUGGAUUCAAAGAAAUCUGUAUUAGGUUUUGUAAUGUGCUAUCCAAUGAUAUCACUCAAUGCCUGAUAAUAAUACACUAGAGGAUUAAUGUUGCCAGGCUUGGCUAGAUAGAUAGAGAUGACUGUUUUUAGGUCUGCAUGAUACAAAGACAUAAAUUGAUCUAUUUACACUAGACUGACUCUUGAACCUCAAAAUUUUAUAAUUGAAACCAAGGUCAGCAUGUGACAGAACAGUUGAGCUUACAUUUUGUGCACUUCUGCUUGACUGAAAACAUUGAGUGAAAAAUAAAAUACUGUGUAAAUAGCCUGAAAAACUUGCAAUUGGUAUAGCCAUUGGUACAGCCAGCUAAUCAAUAUAGAAGCCCAUUGAUAAACAUAUGUUAAUUUUGGAGACUAGAAUCACUAUUUUGAAUUAAAAUAUUUUAUUUCAAAAUAAUCUGCAUCUUAUUUUAAGAACAAUAUUGUUCUUCAGUUGAGUUAAAUUUCCUUGUCUAGCAGAAGCAGUUGAAUUUUCUAUUACGCCUUCUGUCUCUUCAUUUCUUACCAGACUUGAGCACAGUUGUGAAAAUCCAGUAUUGCACUAGAGAAUGGUCCACAGUCCACAUGAGAAGGACCAGGUGGGUCAAACUUACGAUGCAAAGACUUCUUUCCCUCAAAUGUUGCAACAAACUCCCAGUUUUAAAAAGUCGGAGUAAAGUCUUAUCCCUUCUCAACUGGUAAGGAUCUUGACUCUCCCUUGUGUAUGCACAUGUGGGAGGAAAAGAGGGAGAUGCCUAAUACUUGUUAUCUCUUUAGGGAGACGGGGUGGAAAAAAAAUGUGCAAGCCAUAAGAAGAAUAAAGACAAAAGCAAGCAAGAAGCACAAACACAUUUCCAUUACUUUGGCAAGUCACCUAAGACUGUGGUACUCACCCCAACACUUUUGCCAGUUCUCCUCUUUUUAGGACAUGUACUCUCUGGCUGGCUAGGAGUUCUGCUGGCCAGUGGAGGAGUCAGUCAGCAGUGUAACACCUGGUUGCUGCUGACAGGAAUUGAGUAAUAUGGUGAUAAGGAAGAAACUAGCUCUGAUGAGCAGAAUAUCCCAAUAUGGGAUUGAGCAAGUACUGUUCCUGUCCUGCCUGAUAGCUGGAGAAAGAGUUCCUCUUGCACAUACCACCCUUUUUAUGUGCUGUAUGGUAUGUUAACCAAGACAACUGGGAAUGCAGUACCUGUAGGGACCAUAUGAAUUGUUCAUCAUUUAUUUGCAACUGCAGGAUUUUUUUUAACUGUGUAGCAAGCCUGACAUGUGGUCUGGAUGUGACUAGGUAAGCCUGGUUUUGUGAUUGUAGAAUAGUAAUGCUGGCUAUAGGCAGAGGGUUGAAGGACUCCUUUAGUUUGUGACAAGUGUCCUUUCAGAAUUGCAGGGGCAGAUAACAUCCAUCUGACUAUGGAAAAGCAGCUUAGCUUCUGAAUUUGAACUGCAGUAUUUGGAACAGACUGCAGCUAGGCAGGAAGCUGAAUUUAAGAACUUGCUGUUGCACACAUGAGCUUUUUGUGUACUUAAUACCUGAGAAAUGUUGGUAAGUUUCCAAUUACAGAGGCAUGGUAGUGUUGCAGGGGCAGUUAGCUAUUAAAAAUGCUAUUAACCUUCAUAUCCGAUAAAAUCUCUUUUGCUGAGUUGAUUCAGUACUGCUCAGGGAACCAUGUGUGCUGAGUGUGCUUACUGGAGAAGGACAUUUCAACCAGUCGUAGAGCUAGCUCAUGUUACCCCACUGCAACAAGACAUGAGAGUGAGAGUGGUGUAAGUCUGCACCAAGGUGCUAAAUAGGAGAUAUCCUCCAUUAGAGUUAAAGUGGUCUGGUUAGUUUGAUACCACGUACCAGUAAGUAUUCAAAAGAAGAUUUAAAAGUGAGGAUUUGCUAUGAUAACAGUGCAUUGGCUGUUCUUAUACCUUUGCUCUGGACUUUUAUUAUUAUUAUUAUUUUUAACAGUUCUGGAAAUUCAAAGGCAUCUGCUGCAGGUCAGAAUUACAAUGCAUUGUGUAAAAGAUUAGCCUUACAUAGGUAGUGUGUUUUUUUGUGAUUAGAAUCUGGUGGUAGAAAACAUUUUUACCAAAUAAUUUCUAGACAUGUGCUAAAAGCUUGGAGAUCUUGAUUUGCCUGACAGCUGUAUGAACACAUUGUUUAAUUAUACACUUGAAAAUAACAACAUGAAAGAUACGUAUGCAGUGUUUGGGAUUCAGUAUCCCUGUGCUUGUUAUAUUUGCAGCUUUUAAAGUUUUUUUUUUUCUUCAAAAAGAUGUGGGACCAGAAGUUCAUGUGUGUUUACACUUUUGAAGUAAGGGCACACUGAAGUACUAAACAAAAGUUGCCAUGUUUUACAAACUGAAUCUGGAUCUGGUGAAUGUGUUUAUAAAAUAGUGCAUUUGCUGGAGGGAGGUGAGGAGGACCUCCCCUCUCCCCAAGUAAAACCCAGAGAAAUAACCCGCAAACAGAACCCAUGCUGCUCUAGGCCUCUGUUCAACGGACUCUCUGUUACAUGUCACGAGCUCUGUGAUACAAAAGCUUACGGCUGCGUAGUCAGUUGGAGCAGAACAUGCUGAUGAGGUUUAAAACCAGGCUGAGCUGUCAGUGCUGGUUCAGGCCUUCCAGUGUAAUAAGCUCUUAAGUUCUGUGGCUUGAGGUGUUCUUCAGCUACCACUAUACUUAACUGUGUCAGUGGUUUGGGUGGUAACUUCAGGAGGUCAUCUACCUCGAUGGGAUGGGGCAAACGCUGUUAAAUUACUCAAGUUCUGCCAUCUUUGCCAGUGCUGACACUAUUUAGAUUGUGUAGAAAAAUUCCGCUCACAAAGAUUGUACCUUCUUGAGUAGUUCUCACUCAAGACAGGGAUCCAAGUUAAUUGUGCAAAUAGGGAAGAAAAAAAAAAGCCACAUUCUGCUGUUGCAGGUAGCUAAAUGGUAGCUGAGAGGAGAAAACAAUUUUCAAGGGGCAGAUAGCCCAUCUGCAAGUAUCAAGUUUCUUUUACUGCUUACUAUGCAAUGUAGAAUUUUGAACUUUUGCUUUUACUUUAAGAUACAAGAUAGACAAGCACUGUCCUUAUUCAGUAUUUAGGAACUGAACACUCUCCCAAUCUCCCUGACACUCAUUUACAGGUAAGAUACCUAUUUGCUGCUAUUGACUUUACUUACCUUUCAGAUUGUACCUGUUUCUCAUUCCUGCCCUCUUGAAUUACCACACAUAACAAAUCCUUUUGGGUAGUUUUAUUUUUUUUUCUUGUCAGCCUCUCCCUCUUCCUACCUGCCAGAGUGCUGUAUUACUGUAUAUAAAACAUUCUUAGUUGGACUAUUUAAAAAGCUGCAGCAUGAAUACAGACUCCUUGCUCCUCUUUAAUUAGAAAACUCGCUGGUAUUCUGAAUCUUGUUUCCUUCAUCGCUAAUAUCAGUCAGGUUUUUCCAAGCUGCACUACUAAAACCUCUGGCAGUUUUACGAUUGCUUGUUGUCUUUUCCUGGAUGUUUUACCUUAUGAGACCAACACUGGUCAUUAGUAUUAAACCUUGUAUUUUUCUGCUUGUCUUAAUUUCCUCUUACCAGGUUAAGAUUGCAGUGUAGUUAAAUAUCAAAUUACAUUUUUGUUUUAGGAACAAACUCCCUAACUUGUUCAUAGAAUAUUGUAUUUUUAGGGAAAAUUAAUUUUUAUAGCCACUAAACUAUACUCAUUAUUUUUGUACAUUUGCAACGUCUCACAUUUUUCAGAGACAUGUUGUGGAGGGAACACUUAUUUUCAAUGCUGUUUUACUACUUCUGUAUGCUGAAAUCGUGUUGCUUAAUAUUGCGGAAGCACAUACCUUGAUAUGCAGUAACAGUGAAUGAGGUUUGAAUAAAAGGCCAUUUUCAAAGGCCAAAAAGAUACUAUAAAAGCAACACUAACUUUCCUCCUCCUUUAGAAUCUUAAAACAGAUGUGAGAAAAUAAGGUGUAAAAUACAAAAUGCAAGAUGGGAGCCCUUACUGUAAGCUAACUGUGCCAAUAUUGCUUCAGUUUGUAUUCAUGGAUUGGUAUUUUAGUUUUAAAUCAAAACAGCUUUUGAUUUAAAAAAAGAAGAAAAAAGUUGAAUGUCUGAAAAUCUGCAACAUGUUUAUUUGAGAGAUGUAAAUAAUGUAUACAGAUUGUUGUAUGUGAUGGGACAAAAUAUUUAAAUUCUAGUUUUUUUUUCAAUAAGAAACUGAAGGCUGUUUAUAAGGAAAAAAAUAAAUAGCUACGUUUGACCAUGAUUGUCUUUUUUUUUUUUUUCUUCUUGAGCUUGUUUCUAAAUUAACUUCUAUUUGUAGAUAGAUUUUUUUCUGUAUAUUGUACACAUAUGAACAUUACACAUACAAAUUAGAUUUUUGUAAAUGCCUUGCGUGAAUUUGUGAAUAUUUGUAUUGCAGGCAGACACGAUAGCAAUAAAACAACCUGAUACCCUCUAUA